AUGUCCGGCCACAGCAGUCACAGCUCAUUGCUGGGGCUGGGUGAAGUGGCCAAAGAGCUUUUCUGCUUUCUGCCCAUCCAUGACCUUUUUCCUUUGUUCUGUGCUUCAGGCGCCUGUUGUGGCCUUUGCCGCCUGUCUCUGUCCACCUUGCGACUCCAAGCCUUUGGCAGCGGAGCAUCAGAGGCCCUGCUUUGGCUCGUCAAGCUGCCAUUAACAGAUCGAGGCGCCAGCAUCCGCGAGAUCAACGCCUCCUUUUGCCACUUGACUUCCGCCACGCUGCAGCAGCUGCCGCAGCUACCAGCGCUGGAGCGGCUGAACCUGGAUGGCUGUCAAGAUGUGGAUGAUGAGGGCUUGGCAGCCAUCGCAACCCGUUGCCGGAGCCUGAAGUCCUUCAGCAUCUACUGGAACGUCAAGGUGACAGACGAGGGUCUGGGGAAGGUCUUGCGGGCGCAGCCCUGCGGGAGACUGCAGGAGCUGUGCUUCAGCGGUUGCAAGUUCCUCUCCGACGAGACGCUGCAGCGCAUCAUCGGCCGCGCACCGCAUCUGCAGCUGCUGGACCUCACGCGCUGCCCCAAGGUGAGUGACCUCGGCGCCACCUUGGUCUGCGAGAACCUCCCGGAGCUGCAGAUCUUUCGGCUUUACGCUAUGGCACAGCUGAACCCCUCAGCCUUUGCGCAGCUGCAGAGGCUCCCCUUGUUGAAGGAGCUGGACCUCUGCGGCUGCCGCAGCGAAGACGACCACGUCAUUGCCUUUUUGGCGCAGGCCGAAACAGGAGUAUUGCAGACCUUUAAUCUCACUUGGUGUUGCGCGCUGACGGAUGCGACGAUGCUGGCGAUCGCCAAGUAUUGCACCAGACUCAAAUGGCUCAGUUUCUUUGGCAACCUCAAUGUCACCGCAGCCGCUGUGGAGGCCUUGGCCGCCUCCAGCUGCGGCUCUUCGCUCCGCUACUUGGACCUCCGCGGCCUGGCGGCGGCCUUUCCCUACGGCGAUGGCACCCGGGGGGCCGGCGAGGUGAGAAAUCUUUUCCCACAGCUGAUCUCCACCGAACUCCAUCACUGA